AUGAAUACAGCCAUUUACUUAGCCUUAUCUGUUGCCUUGUCUAAUGUCCUCGCUGGGACAGAAGAUGGAAAAAAUGUAGAAGAAAAGAUACCAAAUUCAUGUCCUAUAAAGAUGAAAAAUGGGGGAAAGUGUGAUGAGGAUGGUAACUGUCCCUACCAGAUAAGUUUGCCUCCAAUGACCAUCCAGUUACCUAAACAGUUUCAGCUGCUGGAAAAAACCAUGAAGGAAGUACAAAUUCUUAAAGAAAUGGUCAACAGCAUAAAGAAAUCCUGUCAAGACUGCAAGUUGCAGGCAGAUGACCACCUUGAAAAAGACAGCAAGGAGCAGCAGGUGGCAGAAGCUCCAGAGGGGGGGCAGGGGAACCAGAUCCAGGAUCUGCAAUCAAAGGUGAAAAAAAUGUCCAUCAGCUUAAAGAAUGCACGGACGCAGAUUAACACCUUGCAAGGUCAGCUGGAGAAGAUGAACCCACUGAAUAUGAAUAGUGUAGAGGAUUAUGUGGACAGUAAGAUGGCAAACCUCUCCUUUGCGCUGAACAGUUUAGAUAAUAAAUGUUCCAGCAACUGCCCAGUAUUGAAACCUAACCCAAGUAUUCAACUUAUUUACAGAGAUUGCUCAGACUAUUACAAAAUAGGCAAAAGAAUCAAUGGCAUUUACAGACUCAUUCCUGAUCCAAAGAAUAAAACAUUUGAAGCAUAUUGUGACAUGGAGUCUAUGGGCGGCGGUUGGACAGUGGUACAGAUGCGCAAAGAUGGCAGCAUCAAUUUCAACAGAACGUGGGAUGAAUACAAAAAUGGCUUUGGGAAUCUGAGUGGAGAAUUUUGGCUGGGAAAUGAUAAACUUCAUCUUUUGACAAAAAGCAGUGAUAUGAUCUUAAGAAUAGAAAUGGAAGAUUUUAAGGGUAUCAGAGAAUAUGCCAAGUAUGAUCAGUUCUAUGUAGCAAAUGAAUAUCUGAAAUACCGUUUAUCUGUCAGCGGUUACAGUGGUACAGCGGGUGACGCGCUCCAUUUUAGCAAACAGUACAACCAUGACCAAAAGUUCUUCACAACUCCAGAUAAAGACAACGAUAGAUACCCCUCAGGAAAUUGCGGCGCUUACUACAGCUCCGGCUGGUGGUUUGAUGCAUGUAUGUCCGCCAACCUCAAUGGAAAGUAUUAUGAGAAAGACUAUAAGGGGGUUCGGAAUGGAAUCUUUUGGGGUACUUGGAAUGGGGUUGCAGAUGAACAGUUGCAAAGCUACAGACAAGCGUUCAAGAAUGUCAAAAUGAUGAUCAGACCAAAGAAUUUUGCAGCAUAGAUUAAACUAUAUAUUUUCAGAUUAUAAUGAGUUUUUAUGGGUGAACAUAAAAGUAUUUUACAUAUGCUAUUGUGCUUCAUGAAAACAGAAAGGUUUGUGGUUUUGUUUAGCUGUGACUCUCUGCAUUAACUUACACAUCAAUAUAAACCACAAAGAUGACAACCAUGUAUGUUUACCCAACAUUAAAGGAUUGCAAGUUAAAAGCAAACAUAGGUGGGGCAGUAAAAACAUCAUGCAACACUGAAAUGCGUACACUAUACUUGCAUUCCACGUCCUUCCUCCUUACACUGCUCAUAUCAUAUCUGUACAAUAGAAACUACAGGAAAUGUUUAAGAGGCAAUAAACACCUUGUAAUUA